GCGGAUCAGCGCCGCCGGGAUCACCUCCACGCUACGAGCCGCAGCUCAGGAGCAGAGGGAAGCCAGACGCAUCCGCAGCAGACCGCGACGAGGGAUCGGACUCCGUGACGAGAAGGCACCGGAAUCAAAUCGGGGAGGGGGAAAAGAAAAAAAGAGGGCUGGUAGGAGCAACGCAGAGGAGUUCAACGACAAAACAAAACAACAACAACAAAACAAAGAAACACCCAGUAGAGAGGGACCGAGAAGCUGCACCGCGAAGCUAAUUUGCAGCCUUUUCCUGUUCCCGGCUGCGGGAGCGAGCUCCUCGAGCCGCGUUUAUCCACGGAGCUAGCGGAAUGUGCUGCUAGCAGGCUAGCCGAGGACAGCUAGCUAAUUAGCUCGUCGGGCAUCCAGGAGACGGACGUUUGAUCUUUGGUGAAGAAGGGCACCGUUUGGCGUCGGCUUUUUUUUUUUUUUUUUUUAGGUGGGGAGGAGGUGGAGAGCUGUACUUUAAUGCGUUUUGUCCAGAACCCCGGCAUAAUGUUCUGCCCCCAAUAGCCCAACGCCAAGUUAGACAAUAAACAGAACCAGCUGCCUUUUUUUCAUUGAUGUGAACCAGUUCUUUGGGAAGAGACCAAAUCCACCGUGAGUAUCGAGCUGCGUGGACGAGUCCAACGGGGGGGGGAAGAAAAGAGAACAGACUUUUGACUGGUGACCGUCCGCCGUCCAAUGUUAAUGUCGACCGACGUUGCAUCCAUUCUGCUGCCCGUUAGUCGGGGAAUAAUGGAGCGAGACAUGGACACGGCAGCGGCAGCCCUCGCGAACGCGGCCGGGGGUCCGGCAGCCGUCCGCGCGAUGAAGCGAGGGGACCCGGAGCCCGACGCCCAAACAGCCGCUGCCCUGAGCGACUUGGCCGAGGCGGAGUGCAAAAGAGCCCGGAUAGACGGCGCCGGAGGUGUCGUUGGCGACAUUGGACAGAACAAUGAGCCUUUAAACCCCGGUUUCCAUGGAUACCCACCUCACAGUCAGGGUUCUCAGGAUUCGACAGGAGGACAGGAGGGAUUGGUGGCCCCGCCCUUUUCAGCGUUCCCCCCUCCACCGCCUCCUCAGAACGGGCUCCCGGGGGCCGAGUUCGGCCCCGGGGCCAUGUUUGUCGGCGGGGGCGCGGCAGACGUGGGGGCGGGCGCUAACGGAGCCCCCUCCACCAGCCCCCCCAGCAGCAACAGCGGAAAGACAGAGGAGUUGCCCCAGGGAGAGGCGGGUGUACAAUGCGGCACAGGAGCCACGGGGGCGGGAGGCUCUGUGGAAGACCCCUCAGAGGCCAAAGGGACCCCCAAACGCCUCCACGUCUCAAACAUCCCCUUCCGCUUCCGGGACCCUGACCUCAGGCAGAUGUUUGGGCAAUAUGGGAAGAUUCUGGAUGUAGAGAUCAUUUUCAAUGAGCGGGGCUCAAAGGGUUUCGGCUUUGUGACGUUUGAGACCAGCGCGGACGCAGAGAGAGCCAGGGAAAAGCUCCACGGCACGCUGGUGGAAGGUCGCAAGAUUGAGGUGAAUAACGCCACCGCCAGGGUGAUGACCAACAAGAAAAUGGUCAGCCCGUACCCGAACGGAGAGGCCCUGAGCACGCUGCCCUACGCCGGGUGGAAAUUGAGUCCCAUGAUGGGCGCCGUGUACGGCCCCCACCUUCUUUCUCGUCCUUCAGUCCCAGGGUUCCCAUACCCCUCAGCGGCGGCCGCGGCGGCCACCACAGCGGCGGCGUUCCGCGGCGCCCACCUGAGGGGGCGGGGCCGGCCCGUUUACAGCGCAGUGCGGGCCGCCGUGCCUCAGCCCGCCAUCCCCACCUACCCCGGUGUGGUGUAUCAGGAUGGGUUUUACGGAGCUGCAGACUUGUAUGGAGGCUACCCCGCUGCUGCUGCCGCCGCCGCCGCCGCGUAUCGCUACGCUCAGCCAACGGCCGUAACCGGAGCAACCGCCGCAGCCGCUGCCUACAGCGACAGUUAUGGCCGGGUGUACACUACGGAUCCCUACCACGCUCUGUCCCCGGCCGCCGCCGCCUACGGAGUGGGAGCAAUGGCCAGUCUAUACCGGGCAGGGUACAGUAGGUUUGCUCCUUACUAAAAGAAAACCUCAAAUCCCAUCCGGAGGAAUUUCACACAUCGCUCCAAAACCCUAUUUUUUCAAGCUCUUUGUCCAGCAACACCCCCCCCCCCCCCUCCGCCCCGUCCACCCCCCCCGCACCAUUCCUCUGCAGGCGGACUAUAUUGGCGACCCGUGUGUUUGUUUCUUCUUUACCUCCGUGGCGAGGGGAAGUCAUUCGCCACACCAUCAACUCAAACUCUUGUCCACGUGUUCUUCAACGGCGGAACAAGGACCUACCUGCCAGGACUGUCCCGUGCUACUUUGAACUCCGGGGGGUGCACAAUUUAGGACUGUUUUAACACUACGGGACCUGGAAGGAGAGAGACUGCUGAUCCCGAGUGAUCCCGCUCACCUUUUUUUUUUUUUCCUCUACGUCUGAUCUUAGAAUAUAUACGCUGCCAUAUAUAAACACUCUCAUUCAAACACCAAGUACUCUGUUUACUGUACAUUUUCCUCUGAAUGUCGCCAUCAAAGGUACGGAUCUCUUUUAAACACUACGUGGAGGUGGAGCGCCCGCUCUGCUUCAUGGUGGGGACACACGGACAGCUCCAUCCAGAAGAUGCAGGAAUCGUUCUCGUUGGGUUGCUGAGCUGGAAUACGCCGGCAUUCAGCCGGAGGGAAUCGGGACCGAUCCGGCCCGACAGAAACCACCGUUGUCCUGGCAACAACAAACACCGCAUGGGAAAAAAAUCUAUUCUUCCCGCCCCCCUACAAAUUUAAAAGGAAAGGCAAAAAAAAUCUCAAAAAGGAGGAAAUGACAAGGAAAACAAAGAUUUAUUUUUUCUGCAUUACCUCAGUUUUUCCUUCAUCUGUUUAGUUUUGCCGCCACCGACAAGAAUUUGCAUAGAAACCAGGUGGAAGCGUUCCUUUGUCCUUCUCGCCGGUCCACACACCUCUUACUGUACCAGUGCAACACUAACACGGGAGGUCAUCUGUCCCAGCUGCGUCCAUUCUGAGAAGCCAGUGCAGCGCCUCCCCUCCCCCACGCAGCGGGACAGAUGGACGGACAAAGAAGCCCAUCGAACACGAAUGGACUAGAUUUAGCGGAGCCGAGGCGGCGAACAAAGCAUCUGCCAAACGGGAUCCCUCCUGGCCCCCGAGGUGUUCCCGCCUCCGGUUUCCAGGCUCCCUCCCAACAGACCGGAUCACAAUAUACGCUGGACACGGAGAGAUGCGCUCACCUGAAGGGGUUGUGAAGCAACCAGAAUUUACCCCCAGCCCUAUUUGUUUUAAGGCGCCGUUACGCCACAUGAACCACAUCAUUUCAGAAUUUUUAAAUCCGUCAUCGCGCUCUCUGGGAUCGUGUUAGUUCUCCUCAGCCACCUCGUCUCUGCCCCGUAUUUAUCACGUCUCCAUAUACUCUCACUGUGUUGUUGUUGCUAUUAUUUGCCUUUUUUGGUUCCAAAGAUUUUCUGAAGAAAGCACAUUCUUUUUUUGGUCCUGAUGUAUUUCAUAAGUUUGUGGUUGAUCUUUGUUUUUUUUUCUUUUUCUUUUUUGGUGUGCCUUUUUUAUUUUGUUAUAUUUUUAACUAAUCUGUCGGUCGACGCUGCGUCUUUCAGCCCAGAGUUGAAACAGCUCUUUGGGGAAAAGGCUAUUGAAGCAGCGUCUACAAAAAUACGGCGGAGAACAGCAAUUUGUGGAAUUCCGAAAGAAAACAAGCAAACAAACAAACAAACCUGGUUAAAUUGAAUUGAGUUCACAGACGCUCAUCUAUUGGCUUCUUUUUCCUCUCCAGUUAGCGCACGAAACGUGCAGCGCAGCGCGGAGGCGUUUGCUGCAGACGAGGGAAAUCAGAGCAGAUGGAAUCCUGAGGGACAAGCAGAACGUCUGGAGCGGAUAUUUUGUGUUGCGUCUGCCAUUAGAGCCGAAUUACUGGCAACCUAAAAGGAGGCAAACGUGCACAACCGCGUCAGCGGAGGCCCCUCCCAACAGGACAAUGCGCGGGUGGCUCGGUGCAGGGACACUGGUGGUGAAGGUGAGAAGCUGAGCUGACAGGACGACAACGUCCCCUGCUGUCUUUUUUCUUUUCAGGGCGGCACACACGGUGCAGGGAAAGGGGGGGGUGGGGGAGGGUAAUGUUUUUGUAUGACUGUGUAAACCGUGUGCAGUAGGUCCAAUGAGUAUUUUUGACGCGCAUUACCUCUUUUUUGUGUCUUAUUAUUCCUUAUAAGUGUUAUCAGAAGUGUUGCUACGCAUGCUUUUGUGAGCGAGGAAAGGGGACAGGCAGAGAACCUUUUUCAUUUUAAGUGCAUGAAUUCAAAUCAUAGUGCUGGAGGAGGAGAAGGAGGAGGAGAAGGGGGGGGCUGUAUUUACAUAGCAGAAGGAAGGAAACUGAUGUUAUGCGAGGGGCCGGGGGGGCCUCCGCAAAGAGAGGCAGGGGGGAGGCGAGCGCCUGUGACGCUCUACGGAAGCCGCUUCGGUCCUGCUUCAAACAAUCCGGUUAUCGACGCUCUGUAGCCGCUUCUCUGAUCACCAGCCCCCGACCCCGACCCCCCUGACCCUCCUCGGUUUGCUUUUAUGAUGACAAUAAAACAAAACCCAAGAAAAAUAACCACAAUGACACAACGGUAAUUAUGAUGCAAAAUGUGAGAGGAAACUCAGCUGAAGUGGGUGAGCGGGGCCGCAGCGCUACGCAGCAUGACACCACCCCUCCUCCCUCCCCCUGCACUGUGCAGAGUCAACGCAGUAGGAGUUCUUAUUUUUUUGUACAGGGAUCUCACGAACGAGUUUGAAUUGCAUGUGGAUUAUUUUUGUUUUGUUAAACGUCACAUGCUCUUUAAAGCUCAUUUAUCCAAGUGAUUCUUUUCAAUAAGUAAAUGUAUUUUCUCACAAUGUUUUAUUUUUGCCAUCCGUGUGUCUGCCUUCUGUUUAUUCUCUUAUUAUUGAAUGUAUAUAAUAAAUAAACUGUUUGGUUUUUA